AUGUUCUCUUCUCAAAAUACCAUCAAAUCCGCGCAAGCGUACGCUCUAGUCGACAGUUAUACCUCGUCAAACUGGAUGAGCAAAUUCAGUGUUCAGAGUAUCUCCGACCCAACUCAUGGCUACGUGAACUAUGUCAACCAACAACAGGCCCAGUCUCAGGGCCUGUAUAAAGUCAUUGGCAACCAGGUCUACGUUGGUGUCGACAACACCUCAGUCCUCAACCCAAGCGGCACAGGAAGGAACAGCGUGCGCCUGAUGAGCAACACUGCCUACAACCAGGGUCUUGUCAUUGGCGACUUCGCUCACAUCCCCGGAACUGAGUGUGGUUCCUGGCCAGCCUUCUGGAUGGUUGGCCCCAACUGGCCCUCGUCCGGCGAAAUCGACAUCAUCGAAGGCGUCAACCUCAUGACGACCAACCAGAUGACUCUCCACACCUCGCCAGGCUGCACCGUCUCCGUCGGCUCCGGCGGGCAAUCCGGCUCGUCAGUCGGCGAUCCUGCCUGUGGCGACGGCGGUGGCUACAACGGCUGCCCCGUCGUCUCCAACACCGGCACCAGCUACGGCACCCCCUUUGACAACGUCAAGGGUGGUGGCGUCUAUGCUAUGCAAUGGACCGGGUCGAACAUCAAGAUCUGGUACUUCCCAAGAAACGCUGUCCCCAGCGACAUCUCCUCCGGCAAGCCAAACCCAGGAGGCUGGGGACAGCCGCAAGCCAACUUCGCGGGCUGCGAUUUCUCGUCGUAUAUGAAGAAUCAGAAUAUCAUCUUCGACAUCACCUUCUGCGGGGACUGGGCGGGCCAGGUCUGGAACAACUACGCCAGCUGCAAGAACAGCAAUCCGAGUUGCAAUGGAUAUGUGGCGCAGAACCCGAAUGUUUUCUCGGAUGUUUAUUGGUUGGUUAAUAGUGUCAAGGUUUAUCAGUGA